AUGGGCAGAUUCGGUGGCAGCAAAGUGUCGUGCCGCACCGGGCUAAGCAGGACGGUGGUGGGAAGUUUGUUUUGUUUCCUGCUUGUCAUAAAUCAUGUGGCCGCUCAGCUAAUCAUCAACGUACAAAAUCAGGGAGGAGAAAUCGUACAGGAGACAAUAACAUCCAGUGUUGGGGAUGAAACAUGUACACUGGAAUUCCAGCGAAGCGAUGGAACGCUAAUAACGGAGCUGAUUGAUUUCAAAAGUGAAGUGCAGGUACUGAAGGCGCUCGUGCUCGGUGAGGAAGAACGGGGGCAGAGCCAGUAUCAGGUGAUGUGCUUCGUGACCAAAUUCCAGAAAGGAGAUUUCAUCACUGCCGAUGCGAUGGUAAAACUACGACAGAAAAACCCCAGCACAAUCCGAACGCCGGAAGAGGACCGAGGGAAGGAGAACUACACGAUGACCGGUUGGGUGCUGUUGGACCGUGCCAUGCCAAUCUCACGUCACGUGGCACCGUUCUGCGUGGAAGCACCGGAGGCAACGUACGUGCGCGACGUUGACCUGAAGGCGUGGGCCGAGCUGCCAGGAUCAUCGAUAUCCAUACUGGAAUCGGCGGUGAAGUUGUUCCCGUCGGCGAACACCGUUACGGCUCCAUCGCGUUGCAGCGACGUCAGUGCCAUCUGGGCACCGUGUCUCUGUACGCUGGAGAUGUGCAUCGGGUGGUACCCGUGCGGGUUGAAGUACUGCAAGGGCAAGCCGGAGAACGCACUGCAGAACAACGGCGGUGGCAGCUACCGGUGCGGGAUCAAAACGUGUCGCAAGUGCCAUCAGUACUCGUACUACGUACGGGAGAAACAGCAAUGCUUGUGGGAUGAAUGA